UAAUGUCACAAAUCUUUAUUGCAAUUGGCUUUCCCAGAGAUCACAGCAACUUGCGAGGAGAAAAAAACCUGGCUUUUUUUAGAUACGAUUCAGAAGGUGCAGCCUUUUUGAAAGAAGAGUUUAAAGUGCUGUUUUUGGGUGUAAAACCCUGAAAUAAUGUGGCACAAGCGAAGGGAAAGACUGGCCAGUAUGUGCUGCAGUACAGGUUUCCAUAGCUGUACGUGGGGUGGCUGGAACCGGCUGGAACUGGUUUGAAGCUGAUCAGCUCAUGAACAAUGCAGCCACUGAGCUACAUUGCUUCCUCCUUCAUGGCAGCAAUACAAGAAGCUUGCAGAAAGGUACCAUCCAAAACAGCAUGAUUGCACCCUAGACACACUAUUCUGCUGCCACGAUUUUGGAUGGACUUUUCAUCUCCUUUUGAUGGAUACUAGAGCACAGAAAAUGCCGACAGUUCUUGGUUACAGCUCAGUGGCAGCAGAGGCCUAGUUCAGGACAAAGGAAAUAUUGUCAUCCAAGACGCCCACUCCUGGGCCUACUCUUGAGUUACAGCAUGACAUUGACAAGGACUGGAUGCUGCCUGACCUAUUUUCCAUAAAGGAAACACAGUUGCUACAUGGUGCAUUGAACUGUGGAAUUAAGAUUUCUUAAGAUUGAUACCUGGCUUCUGCAGUCUGACAAUCUUAGCUGGUGUGCUGCUGGGAUGAUGAUAAUGACUGGGGAUAGAAAACAACUGAGCAGCAGCACUGUAUUCACCCAUACAUACUUCUCCAGCAUACUGUUUUCUUUGCACCCGGAUAUUCAAAUGCUCUUGGGAGUGGCCUUCAAAGCUCAAUCCUUCAUCCAGAAUGCUGCUGGCUAUUUAUCAAACAGCACCAAUUCAUGACAUCUCCAUUACUUGCAAUUGUAUUGACUCCUAACCCCAACGUGUUUGUCUUCCAACGUUCACCUUUACGUUCAGAGUCCUCAGUGGGUUUGACACCCUGUUCUGUGUUGUGUGUCAUGGGCCCCACCCGAGAAGGAAACGAGGCCAGGGUUAUAAUUUGAAACCAGCUUUGUAAAUUGAUGAUCAUGGGAGAUAUGAAAACCCCAGACUUCGAUGACCUGCUUGCUGCUUUUGACAUUCCAGAUAUGCAGGUUGAUCCCAAAGCAGCAAUUGAAUCUGCGCAUGAUGAAAGUGAAGGACAGCUGAAACAAAAUAUACCCGCGGACGAUGAUGCUCAGGUACCCCUGGCCCCCGAUGGGGUAGUAAGUGUUAUUGUGAAGAACAUCCGAACUCUGGACUCGUGUGAGGCUGCAGCUACAGCAACAGAAACCCCUGCUCUUGAUAAAGAAAAUCAUAGUUCUUCAGGAAAUGGCUUGCACAACGGCUUCCUGAGUGUCUCGGCUUUGGAUGGGUAUUCUAAAGAUUCAAACAGCAAGUCGGUCACGAGCGAAGGGGCACCGGUGGCUGAAGCUAAGGUAGACUUGUCCAGACCUGACGGCAACGAGGCCCCUGAACCCGAACUCAAAGACUCAGCCUUCAGCCAGUUCAGUCCUAUUUCUAGUGCAGAGGAGUUUGAGGACGACGAUAAAAUAGAAGUUGACGAUCCUCCACUCGUCAAGAAGGAAAGCCAACCAGCUUUUCAAGCAAACGUGCUUCCAAGUCCACCUGCAGAGCGGGAAUGUGAGAAAACAAAGAAGCCAGGAGGGGAAAACACAGUCAAACCAGAAGUGUCACCCCUGGAUGAUGAACAAAAGAGUAAGAUAAUGAAAAGCAACAGAGAGAGUGAAGGCUCCAGUGUUAACCCGGGGACUCUUGAGACAUUAAAACCACGAAAUGUGGAUGAGAAAUUGUCUGAUGAGGAUGCUGAAAAGAGCUUUAAGAAUUCCUCUGAGAAGCCACUGGACAAUAGAACCCCUGAUGGCAAGAAUGCUGAGAAAACUGGAGUGACUGUUGCAUGCUCUUCAAAUCUUCGGGUCAAGUCCUCGUCCAAACUUUCCUCCUGCAUUGCAGCAAUUGCUGCUUUGAAUGCUAAAAAGGCAGCGGCUGACACCGUCAAGGAAACACAGCCAGUCUCAAGGGACCCUUCUCCGGUUUUAAGAGAAUCUAGAGAAAGCCCAAUAGUCACUGAGAAAUCUCCUCCUGAGGGCCCUCACAGCCCAAUGGAAGUGGUGAAGAAAGUUGUCGUCAAGCAGUCUGAUAGCCCCCGGAGUGUGUCCAGUGAAUGUAGUAUGAAAGGGUCCCCUUCUUCUCCUGCUAGCUCGCCGCCUGCCAUUCCCAAGGUCCGCAUCAAGACUAUCAAAACGUCCUCUGGUGAAAUUACCAGAAUGGUGACCAGAAUCAUGCCAGAGGUUGAGCAAGAAUUUGGUAGAAGAGGACAAGAUCAGGCAAACUCCAUGGUUGUCUCAUCACUUUUGUCAUCUCUUCCCGGAGAGUCUUCUAUGUCUUCGCCUCCAUCAACACCGAUCCAGUCAGCGCUCAUUACAGCUUCAGGUGUAGUAAAUUCUUCUGACGUUGUACAAAAACAGAUUACAAUUAAACCUGUAGCUACUGCUUUCCUUCCAGUGUCUACUGUAAAGACUGCAGGAUCCCAGGUGAUCAACCUGAAGUUUGCUAACAACACUACAGUCAAAGCCACUGUAAUCUCUGCUGCCUCCGUUCAGAGUGCCAGCAGUGCCAUCUUGAAGGCUGCCAAUGCCAUGCAGCAGCAAACUGUGGUGGUGCCAGCCUCCAGCCUUGUAAAUGCUAAACUCAUGCCAAAGACUGUCCACCUUGCUAACCUGAACCUUCUGCCCCAGUCUGUCCAAACAACAUCUGAACUCUGUCAGGUGCUUUCCAAAUCUCAACAGUCCAUUAAGCAGACACUAAUCACCACUUCUUCCACCCAACCUGCUAAAAAAGUAUCAAGGGUUCAUGUUGUGGCCCAUUCUCAGAAUGCAGUGGUAGAGACAUUCAACAAGGUCCUGAGCAGUGUAAAUCCAGUCCCUAUCUACAUGCCUAACCUUACUCCUCCAACUAAUGCUAAUAUUACCAUACCGCUUCGUGGUUACAAGUGCUUGGAAUGCGGGGACUCCUUUGCUUUGGAGAAGAGUUUGGCGCAACAUUAUGAUCGGAGGAGUGUGCGGAUUGAAGUAACCUGCAACCACUGUGCAAAGAACUUGGUCUUUUUCAACAAAUGCAGUCUUCUAUCUCAUGCUCGAGGCCACAAGGACAAAGGUGUGGUAAUGCAGUGCUCCCAUCUGAUCAUGAAACCCAUUCCCGCAGAUCAGAUGAUUGUUCCUAUUUCCAGUUCUAGCGUUUCUUCAACGACUACUAUAUCUGCACCCAUCUUGACAAUGGCAGGCAAUGCUUUGAGUGCUGCUGCAAAAACUGUUGCAAGCAUAGCCAGUGCUGUAAUCUCUGCUCCUGCCAGCUCUCCCAUUCUCCCAGCUAUGCCUCUUGAUGAAGAUCCGUCAAAACUUUCCCGACAUGGCAUGAAGUGCUUGGAGUGCAGUGAGACAUUCCUGGAUGAAAUGUUGCUUGCCACACACUUCCAGAGUGCUGCAGAAGCAGGAGGGCAGACAUGUCAGAUCUGCCAGAUGUUACUUCCCAACAAGUGCAGCUUUUCAUCGCACCUACGAAUACAUCAGCACAAAUCUCCAUACACAUGCCCAGAAUGUGGAGCGAUAUGCAGAUCCUCGCACUUUCAGACUCACGUCACCAGGAACUGCCUGCACUACACUCGCAAAGUGGGAUACCGCUGUAUACACUGUGGUGUUGUCUAUGCUGACCUAACUGCACUCAAGUCUCACAUCCAGGGUGCCCACUGUGAAAUCUUCUAUAAGUGCCCAAUCUGCCCUAUGGCUUUCAAGUCGGCACCGAGUACUCAUUCACAUGCCUACACACAGCACCCAGGCAUCAAAAUAGGAGAAGCCAAAAUAAUCUACAAAUGUUCCAUGUGUGACACUGUGUUUACACAGCAAACGUUGUUAUGCAGCCAUUUUGAUCAGCAUGUUGCUAAGCAGAAAGUUUCUGUCUUCAACUGUCCAGAUUGUGCAUUACUAUAUGCGCAGAAACAGCUCAUGGUGGAACACAUUAAGUCCAUGCAUGGAACAUUGAAGAGUAUUGAAGGUCCUCCAAACCUGGGGCCUCAGCAGCCAUUGGUCACAAAGCCAUUAAGUACAUCAGCUGGGCAGAAGAAAGCUGAUGGGAAUGCAGUUAAUGGCACUGACCGACUUGGGAAGAAAGCACCAGUAGUCGUAAGGAAAACUGGGAGUCGGUCAAAAGCAAAUAACCUUGGAUGGAUGUGUCAAGACUGUGAGGAAUGGUUUCCUGAACGAGAGGACUACAUUUCUCAUAUGAAGAAAGAACAUGAAAAGCAAAUGAAGAAGCAUCCAUGUCGUCAAUGUGAGAAAUCGUUUAGCUCCUCACACAGUCUGUGUCGACAUAAUCGCAUCAAGCACAAAGGCAUCCGGAAAGUCUACACAUGCCGUCAAUACUGCUGAUUUAGAUUUGAAAGGAAGAUAUCUACGUCAAUAAAUUCCGGCUCCCUCGAAGGAAUCCUGAUACUUACUGACAAUCAUGACAAGAAAUGCCAGCAGCUCUCUUUGGAACUGCUGGUGUUCACCGGAAAGAUACGAGCCCAUGUAAUUAAAGGACUAACUUGGAGACAUAAGGUAAUUAGGUUUGAAAUAAAAUUCCAAAAUGAGACAGCUCUCUACGCAUAAGUUGAGCAAUUACAAUUUUAGUUUCCUCUGACAGCAAGUUCACAACACAAUCGUUACGCACGUUUUCAACAUAAAUCAAUAAUUUCACACAUUUAUUUUUCAAUUUGCAGCCAAAGGUUUCAUAGCAAUGUCAUAUUAUGACCUUAUUCUAUUAAAGUAUCUGUAUCGUCUGCUGGUUCAGUAAUCCAUUAUUUAAAUCUUUCACCUGUCUUAUAUGGUUGCUGUUUAUUGACACUUUCUGUCAUAGAAACAUAGAAACAGGAAAAUAGGUUCAGUAGGCCAGCACCGCCAUUCAAUAUGAUCAUGGCUGAUCAGUACCCGUUCCUGCUUUUCCCCAUAUCCCUUGAUUCCUUUAGCCCGAAGAGCUAACUCUCUCUUGAAAACAUCCAGUGGAUAGGCCUCCACAGCCUUCUGUGGCAGAGAAUACCACAGAUUCACAACUCUGGGUGAAAAAACUUUUCCUCAUCUCAAUCCUAAAUGGCCAACCUCUUAUUCUUAAACUGUGACCACUGGUUCUGGACUCGCCCAACAUCGGGAACAUUUUUCCUGCAUCUAGCCUGUCCAAUCCUUUAAAAAAUUGUAUAUGUUUCUAUAAGAUCCCCUCUCGUCCUUUUGAGUUCCAGUGAAUACAAGCCCAGCUGCUCCAUUCUUUCAUCAUAUGUCAGUACCGCCAUCCCAGGAAUUAACCUGGAGAAGCUGAGCUGCACUCUCUCAAUAGCAAUAAUGUCCUUCCUCACAUUAGGAGACCAAAACUGCACACAAUAUUCCAGGUGCGGUCUCACCAGAGCCCUAUACAACAGGAAGCAAAAACAGGAAGGCAGAUUACUAUCUAAUGGCGUCAAGUUGGGAAAAGGGGAAGUACAGUGCAGGCUCGAAGGGCCGAAUGGCCUACUCCUGCACCUAUUUUCUAUGUUUCAACAGGAUCCGGGGGUCCUUGUUCAUCAGUCUAUGAAAGUAAGCAUGCAGGUACAGCAGGCAGUGAAGAAAGCGAAUGGCAUGUUGGCCUUUAUAACAAGAGUAAUCAAAUAUAGGAGCAAAGAGGUCCUUCUGCAGUUGUACAGAGCCUUAGUGAGACCACACCUGGAGGAUUGUGUGCAGUUUUGGUUCCCUAAUUUGAGGAAGAACAUUCUUGCUAUUGAAGGAGUGCAGCGUAGGUUUACAAGGUUAAUUCCCGGGACUGUCAUAUACUGAGAGAAUGGAGCAGCUGGGCUUGUACACUCUGGAGUUUAGAAGGAUGAGAGGGCAUCUCAUCGAAACAUAUAAGAUUGUUAAGGGUUUGGACAUGCUAGAGACAGGAAACAUGUUCGCGCUGUUGGGGGUGUCCAGAACCAGGGGCCACAGUUUAAGAAUAAGGAGUAAGCCAUUUAGAACGGAGACGAGGAAACACUUUUUCUCACAGAGAGUGGUGAGUCUGUGGAAUUCUCUGACUCAGAGGGCGGUGGAGGCAGGUUCUCUGGAUGCUUUCAAGAGAGCUUAGAUAGGGCUCUUAAAAAUAGCAGAGUCAGGGGAUAUGGGGAGAUGGCAGGAACGGGGUACUGAUUGGCGUGAUCAGUCAUGAUCACAUUGAAUGGCGUUGCUGGCACCUAUUGUCUAUUGUCUAUUGCAGUAGGAUCUCCUUGCUCCUAAACUCAAAUCCACUCGCAAAUCCACUCGCUAUUUUCAGUGACUGAUGUACAAGCACACCCAGGUCUCAUUGCACCUCCACUUUUCCUGAUCUAACACCAUUCAGAUAAUAAUCUGCCUUUUUCUUCUUGCCACCAAAGUGGAUAACCUCACAUUUAUCCACAUUAUACUGCAUCUGCCAUGCAUCUGUCCACUCACCCAACCUAUCCAAGUCACCCUGCAGCCUCAUAGCAGUCUCAUCGCAUCUCACACUGCCACCCACCUUUGUGUCAUCUGCAAACUUGGAGAUGUCACUUUUAAUUUACUGGUCUAAAUUGUUAAUAUGUAUUGUAAAUAAUGGGUCCCAGCAUCGAGCCUUGCAGCACCCCUGAUGCUUCCGAGCCUUGCGGCACCUCUAUCCUUCCUGAUGUUCGUUAACUACUUUCCUUUGUCCUAGACUUCCCUUCGAGUUGAAAUGUUUUCUUAUAGUUCUGUAUGCUACGUUAGUUCUCUGGGGGGAAUAAAAUCUUUUCAUAGAGUCAUAGAGUGAUUCAGUGUUGAAACAGGCCCUUUGGCCCAACUUGCCCACACCGGCCAACGUGUCCCAGCUACACUAGUCCCACCUGCUUGCACUUGGUCUACAUUCCUCCAAGCCUGUCCUAUCCAUGUACCUGUCUAACUGUUUCUUAAACGUUGGGAUAGUCCCAGCCUCAACUAGCUCCUCUGGCAGCUUGUUCCAUACACCCACCACCGUUUGUGUGAAAAUGUUACCCCUCAGAUCUUUUCCCUUCACCUUGAAACCUGUGUCCUCUGGUCCUCAAUUCCCCUACUCUGGGCAAGAGAUACUGUGCAUCUACCCAAUCUAUUCCUCUCAUAAUCUGAUACUUGAAUUGUAAAUUAAUUUUGUACUUGAAUUUGUUCUUGAAUAUCAUAUUCAUAAGGAUUCAUUUAUUUUAAAAAGUUUUAAUACCAGUAUUUUUAAUGCUACAAUAGACAUUGUGUACAAAGAAAAAUAAAAUAAUCUGUUUCCCUAAUUGUUUGGUUGCAUUCUUAAAUUUAUGCAAGUAAUAAAAGUCUAUUUAUUUUUCUCAUGGGCUAUUGAAAACCAUACUGUUCAUAGCAAAACCUCAUAUAGUUUUGUAUCCCGCUGCUUGAUUUUAUGUUAAUCCCAUGUUAUAAAGCAUUCAUUUUUUAAAGCAUUCAUUUCUCAUACCUCUAGUCUUGCCAGAUCUUCUCAAAUCAAUAUUGCAACUUCUACAUGGUUAUAGCAUCCAUUCAAAUUGGUACUCUGUUCAUAAAGGUUUUUUUUUUCUGGUUUGCUGCCAGUGACUAGCGGAGUUACGCAGGGGUCAGUGCUGGGGCUGCUACUCUUCACAUUGUAUAUUGAUGAUUUGGAUGAAGGGAUUGAAGGCUUUGUGACCAAAUUUACGGAUCAUACAAAAAUAGGUAGAGGGGCUGGUAGUACAGAGAAAGCAGAGACUUUGCAGAAGAACUUGGACAGGUUGAUAGAGUGGGCAGAGAAGUGGCUGAUGGAAUAUAGUGUAACAAAAUGUGGAGUCGUGGAUUUUGGUAGUAGGAGUAAAGGCGUAGACUAUUUUCUAAAUGGAGAGAGAAUCCAGGAAUCGGCUGUGCAAAGAGAUUUUGACCUGCUGGUGCAGAAUUCCCAAAAAAGUUAAUUUGCAAGUCGAAUUGGAAGUAAAGAAGGCUAGCGCAAUGCUAUCAUUUAUUUUAAGGGGGCUUGAAUACAAAAACAAGGAUGUAAUGCUGAGGCUCUUUAAGGCGCUGGUCAGGCAGCAUUUGGAGUAUUGUGAGCAAUUUGGGGCACCAUAUCUGAGGAGGGUCUCGAGGCGGUUUACAAGAAUGAUCCCAGAAAUGAGUGGAUUAACAUAUGAUGAACCUUUGAUAGCACUGGGCCUGUACCCGCUGGAGGUUAGAAGAAUGAGGGGGGAACCUCAUUGAAACGUAGCGAAUAGUGAAAGGCUUGGAUUGAGUGGCUGUAGAGAGGAUGUUUCCACUAGUGGGAGAGUCUAGGAUUAGAGAUCAUAGCCUCAGAAUUAAAGGACGUUCCUUUAGGAAACAUAGAGACAUGGAAAAUAGGUGCAGGAGUAGGCCAUUCGGCCCUUCGAGCCUGCACCGUCAUUCGAUAUGAUCAUGGCUGAUCAUCCAACUCAGAAUCCUGUACCUGCCUUCUCUCCAUACCCCCUGAUCCCUUUAGCCACAAGGGUCACACCUAACUCCCUCUUAAGUAUAGCCAAUGAACUGGCCUCAACUACCUUGUGUGGCAGAGAAUUCCAGAGAUUCGUCACUGUGUGAAAAAUGUUUUCCUCAUCUCGGUCCAAAAAGAUUUCCCCCUUAUUCUUAAACUGUGACCCCUUGUUCUGGACUUCCCCAACAUCGGGAACAAUCUUCCUGCAUCUAGCCUGUCCAACCCCUUAAGAAUUUUGUAAGUUUCUAUAAGAUCCCCCCUCAAUCUUCUAAAUUCUAGCAAGUACAAACCAAGUCUAUCCAGUCUUUCUUCAUAUGAAAGUCCUGACAUCCCAGGAAUCAGUCUGGUGAACCUUCUCUGUAGUCCCUCCAUGGCAAGAAUGUCCUUCCUCAGAUUAGGAGACCAAAACUGUACGCAGUACUCCAGGUGUGGUACAACUGCAGUAGAACCGCCCUGCUCCUAUACUCAAAUCCUUUUGCUAUGAAUGCUAACAUACCAUUCGCCUUCUUCACUGCCUGCUGCACCUGCAUGCCUACUUUUAAUGACUGGUGUACCAUGACACCCAGGUCUCGUUGCAUCUCCCCCUUUCCUAAUUGGCCACCAUUCAGAUAAUAGUCUACUUUCCUAAGUGGAUAACCUCACAUUUAUCCACAUUAUACUGCAUCUGCCAUGCAUUUUCCCACUCACCCAGCCUAUCCAAAUCACCUUGCAGCCUCCUAGCAUCCUCCACACAGCUAACACUGCCCCCCAGCUUCGUGUCAUCCGCAAAUUUGGAGAUGUUGCAUUCAAUUCCCUCGUCCAAAUCGUAAAUAGAUGGGGUCCCAGCACUGAGCCUUGCAGUCCCCCACUAGUCACUGCCUGCCAUUGUGAAAAGGACCCGUUUACUCCUACUCUUUGCUUCCUGUCUGCCAGCCAGUUCUCUAUCCACAUCAAUACUGAACCCCCAAUACCGCGUGCUUUAAGUUUGUAUACUAAUCUCUUAUGUGGGACCUUGUCGAAAGCCUUCUUAAAGUCCAGAUAUAACACAUCCACUGGUUCCCCCUUAUCCACAUCCUCGAAAAAUUCUAUAAGAUUCGUCAGACAUGAUUUACCUUUCAUAAAUUCAUGCUGACUUUGUCCAAUGAUUUCACCACUUUCCAAAUGUGCUGCUAUCCCAUCCUUAAUAACUGAUUCUAGCAGUUUCCCCAUUACCGACGUUAGACUAACUGGUCUGUAAUUCCCCGUUUUCUCUCUCCCUUCCUUUUUAAAUUGCAUUAGCUACCCUCCAAUCCUCAGGAACUACUCCAGAAUCUAAAGAGUUUUGAAAAAUUAUCACUAAUGCAUCCACUAUUUCUGGGGCUACUUCCUUACGUACUCUGGGAUGCAGCCUAUCUGGCCCUGGGGAUUUAUCGGCCUUUAAUCCAUUCAAUUUACCUAACACCACUUCCCGGCUAACCUGGAUUUCACUCAGUUCCUCCAUCUCAUUUGACCCCCAAUCCCCUGCUAUUUCCGGCAGAUUAUUUAUGUCUUCCUUAGUGAAUACAGAACCAAAGUAGUUAUUCCAUUGGUCUGCCAUGUCCUUGCACCCCAUGAUCAAUUCACCUGUUUCUGACUGCAAGGGACCUACAUUUGUUUUAACUAAUCUUUUUCUCUUCACAUAUCUAUAAAAGCUUUUGCAGUCAGUUUUUAUGUUCCCUGCCAGUUUUCUUUCAUAAUCUAUUUUUCUUUUCCUAAUUAAGCCCUUUGUCCUCCUCUGCUGGACUCUGAAUUUCUUCCAGUCCUCUGGUAGGCUGCUUUUUCUGGCUAAUUUGUACGCUUCAUCUUUUGUUUUGAUACUAUCCCUGAUUUCCCUUGUUAUCCACAGAUGCACUACCUUCCCUGAUUAUUUUUUUUUGCCAAACUGGGAUGAACAAUUGUUGUAGUUCAUCCAUGCAGUCUUUAAAUGCCUUCCAUUGCAUAUCCACCGUCAACCCAUUAAGAAUCAAUUGCCAGUCUAUCUUGGCCAAUCUCAUACCCUCAAAGUUACCUUUCUUUAAGUUCAGGACUCUUGUUUCUGAAUUAACAAUGUCACUCUCCAUCCUAAUGAAGAACUCAACCAUAUUAUGGUCACUCUUGCCCAAGGGGCCACACACAACAAAACUGCUAACUAACCCUUCCUCAUUACUCAAUACCCAAUCUAGAAUAGCCUGCUCUCUCGUUGGUUCCUCUACAUGUUGGUUUCGAAAACUAUCCCGCAUACAUUCCAAGAAAUCCUCUUCCUCAGCACCCUUGCCAAUUUGAUUCACCCAAUCUAUAUGUAGAUUGAAGUCACCCAUUAUAACUGUUUUACCUUUGUUGCACGCAUUUCUAAUUUCCUGUUUGAUGCCAUCCCCAACACCUACUACUACUGUUAGGUGGCCGGUACACAACUCCCACUAGCGUUUUCUGCCACUUAGUGUUUCGCAGCUUUACCCAUAUUGAUUCCACAUCCUCCAAGCUAAUGUCCUUCCUUUCUAUUGCGUUAAUCUGCUCUCUAACCAGUAACGCUACCCCACCUCCUUUUCCUUUCUGUCUAUCCCUCCUGAAUAUUGAAUAUCCCUGGCCGUUCAGCUCCCAGCCUUGGUCACCCUGGAGCCAUGUCUCCGUGAUCCCAACUAUAUCAUAGUCAUUAAUAGCUAUCUGCACAUUCAACUCAUCCACCUUAUUACGAAUGCUCCUUGCAUUGAGACACAAAGCCUUCAGGCUUGUUUUUACAACACUCUUACAAUUACCCUUAUACAAUUAUGUUGAAAAAUAGCUCUUUUUGAUUUUUGCCCUGGAUUUGUCUGCCUGACACUUUUACUUUUCACCUUGCUACCUAUUGCUUCUACCCUCAUUUUACACCCCUCUGUCUCUACGCUCACACAUUUCAGAAACCCUUUCCCUUUAACUCCAUCCUCCACUGUCCCAUUCAACACCCCACCCCCCUUAUUCAGUUUAAAGCCACCCGUGUAGCAGUGGCAAACCUGCCUGCCAGAAUGCUGGUCCCCCACCUGUUAAGAUGCAAUCCGUCCCUUUUGUACAGUUCCCCCUUACUCCAAAACAGAUCCCAGUGAUCUAAGAAUCUAAAUCCCUGCCCCGUGCACCAGUUCCUCAGCCACACAUUCAGGUCCCGUAUCUCCCUGUUCCUGCUCUCGCCAGUACGAGGAACUGGAAGCAAACCGGAGAUAACAACCCUGGAGGUCCUGCUUUUCAGCAUUUUUCCGAGCUCUCUAAAGUCACGCUGCAGAAUAUUCAUCCCCUUCUUUCCGACAUCGUUUGUGCCGACAUGCACUACCACUUCCGGAUGUUCACCUUCGCCCUUGAGGAUUUUCUGCACUCUGUCUGUGACAUCCUGGAUCCUGGCACACCAUCCUCGAAUCCCGUCUGUUCCCGCAGAAACCCCUGUCCGUCUGUUCCCGCAGAAACCCCUGUGCAGUCUCCCACUACAAUGGCGUUGCCUGACUUUGGCCUUUUUGGUUUUGGCUCAACAGCCCUAUUCGCAUCGCAAGCCAGUCCGCCGCUCAGUGUAUAAACGUCCUCUGUCCCGACAACUUCUAAGUGGGUGAACUUGUUCACAAGAGGUACAACACCCGGGGACAUUUGCAUUCCAUGCUUCCCUCCCUUUCUCUCUGUCUCCCACCUUCUCUCUUCCAGUACCUUAGGCGUAACAAUCUUACUGUACGACUUGUCGAAGAACAACUCGGUUUCUCGGAAGGCGAUGAGAAGAAAUUUCUUUAGUCAAAGGGUGAUGAAUGUGUGGAUUUCUUUGGCACAGGCUGUGGAGGCCAAGUCAAUGGAUAUUUUUAAAGCAGCGAUAGAUAGAUUCUUAUGUGUAGGAAAGAACUGCAGAUGCUGGCUUAAAUCAAAGGUAGACACAAAAUGCUGGAGUAUCUCAGUGGGACAGGCAGUCUGAAGAAGGGUCUCGACCCAAAACGUCACCCAUUCCUUUGCUCCAUAGAUAG